CUUCAGUUAUACUUAUCCACUAUAAUCACCAUGGCGCUCUGCAUGCGCUGCUCCUCGACCUCUGCGGUGCAGAAGAGCUCUGCCCGCGGUGUGGCCCUGCGCCCUCGCGUGCAGCGUGCGCCCUUCGUGGCUCAGGCAUUCUUCGGCAGCAAGGCCAAGCCUGCUCCCAAAGCCGUCAAGCGUGAGACACUUGCGCCGGAGCCCUCGUUCAACCUGCAGCUAGGCCUGCUGGGUCUGUCGGGCGUGUCCUGCUACUACGAGAACUACGGUCUGGGCGGCUUCCUCGGCCUGCUGGGCAUCUUCCUGACCAUCCAAGCCACCCGGAUCAGGUUCGUCUUCGAUGACACUGGUCUGGAGGUGCUGCGGGCGGGCCAGGAGAGCGAGAAUGUCAUUGUGGGCGGCCGCAACCGCUGGGAGUACAGCAGCUUCAUCAACUGGGAGUUCUGGUUCCCCGGCUUCCCCGUGCUGGUCUACUUCAAGGAGAACCAGACCAAGCCCGAGGGCCAGGUGCACUUCUUCCCCAUUAUCUUCAACGGCAAGCAGCUGUACGAGGCCAUGGUGGAGCGCUGCGGCCCCACCAAGACCAGCGGCCCCAAGUAGAGGAGCUCACUGCGCAGGGGUGCGGGAAACGGCUGGCGGCAGGGCCGCAGUCUGCUGUAAAGCCGGGCAUGCAUGUUGGUGACUCGGUGGCAGCCAUGCGGGACAGGCGGAUGCUGCGCGGGCAAGUUUUGCACAAGGCGCUCGCGCAAGAAAGACAGCAUAUUGAUGGCGGCGGUGUUUAUGCUGCAGGCGCGCCCUCAGAUCGGGGGGUUGAGGCAACGGCAUAGUGUGCGUGUGUGUUUGCUCAUCUCAACAAUCGGAGUCCAAAUCGGAUGAACUCGCAUAUUCGUUGUAAUUGUUUCAGCGCGAGCGCUACUACUGGCUUUGCUGCUGCAACGAGAAUACGCGUCGCUGGGUCAAGUGCAAGAAUGCAUAUUUAUUGCGUCGGCUCGAGCUGGAUUCAAUAGAAAACCUAUUGGUUAUACGUCAAGACACUACGAGUGUUUAAACCAAGCCACCAU